AUGGAGUGGACCAUCGAAGAGUUGGCGCGAGCCGCCAAGGGAACCAUCGUUCAGCGCGGUGCGGUGAGCCGGUUUGGCCACAUCAGCACGGAUUCACGGCAGGUGGACAAGGACGGCGUGUUCGUGGCGCUCCACGGCGAAGCGCGGGAUGGGCACGUGUUCGUCCCUGAAGUGGUGCGCCGCGGGGGCGGUUGCCUGGUUGUGCAGCGAAGCGUCGCCGGCCCGAAGCGGGUGUCGGUGAUUCGCGUGCGCGAUACCCUCAAGGCCCUGGGCGACAUCGCCCACUUCCAUCGCCAGAAGCUGGCGCCGCGGGUCCUGGCCAUCACCGGGUCGAACGGAAAGACCACCACCAAAGAGAUGCUUUUCUCCAUUCUGCAACGCGCGCGCAUGGAAGACCGUCCGUUGCGCGGCAAGGUGCUCAAGACCGAGGGCAACUACAACAACCUGGUGGGUCUGCCGUUGACGCUGUUGCGGCUUCGAGGCAAGGAGCGCGCGGCGGUGGUGGAACUGGGUACCAAUCGGCCGGGAGAGAUCCGCCGGCUUACGGCCAUCGCGAAUCCGGAUCUCGCCCUCAUCACCUCGGUGGCGCCGGCGCAUCUUUCCGGACUGGGCACCCUCGCGGGGGUGGCCCGGGAGAAGGGGGCGAUCUUCCGGGGGCUCGAUCCGAGGGGCACCGCGGUGGUGAACCUGGACGACGGCCGGGUCGUGCGCCAGAGCCGGAGCUUCCAGGGACGGGUGGUGACGUACGGCACCGGCGGCUUUGUCCGCGGCGAGGACCCGGAGAUGCUGUCCGGCGGCCGGUUGCGGUUCAAUCUGCGAGUGGGCCGGGUGCGGGAGCCGGUACGGUUGCGCCUGUGCGGCAUGCACAACGUCCGGAAUGCGGUAGGGGCCGCGGCCAUGGCCCACGCGUUCGGAGCCGACGUGGGGGCCAUUCGCACGGGCCUCGAAGCGGUGCGGCCGGUGGCCAUGCGCAUGCAGGUGGAGCGCUGGGCCGGCAUCGGCGUCAUCAACGACGCCUACAACGCCAAUCCGGCGUCCAUGGAAGCGGCUUUGGCGACGUUGAAGGCGAUUCCGGGGCGCGGGCGGCGGGUCGCCGUGCUGGGCGACAUGCUGGAGAUGGGCGCCGGCGAGACCGACUGCCACCGUCAGCUCGGGGAGACCGCCGCCGGGAGCGGCCUGGAUGCCCUCUACCUGCUGGGCCGUUUUGCCCGGGACACCCGGCAGGGGGCGCUGGGGGCGGGCAUGGAUCGGGCCGUCGUACGGGUGGUCCGGACCCACGGGAAGCUGGCGUCGGAGUUGCGCGCCGUGCUGCGGAAGGGCGACUGGGUCCUCAUCAAGGGUUCGCGGGGCUCGGCCAUGGAAAAGGUCCUUGCGGCCAUGAAGAACGAGGGGGCGUAA